CCUCCCGGAAUAAAUUGGUAGACGCACAAAUUACGAUGGCAACGUCCAGCGACGCUGGUGAUGAAAUUAACGACCCCGGCGCAGCUCCAUACGGCAACUUUAUAAACUACUACACGUUUAAUCCUCCGGAGAAUCGUCUGAGUCUGAUUCCAGCCACACUCCUUGAGGAUCUGGGUUACAGUGACAGUCGUAAUGAAGCCACGCUGAUCCUCGAUGUGGGGUGUAACUCCGGGGAACUGAGUGUAGCCUUUUACAAGCAUCUGGUCCAGAAGCCUGGAGAGGAUUCACACCAGAGUAAAGUUCACCUUCUGGGAUUUGACUUGGAUGAAAACCUCAUUCAACGGGCUCAGCAGACCAACCCCUACCAUGGCAGCAUCACUUUCAUCUCCCUGGACAUCACUGAGAAUACAAACUCACUGCAGGACUACCUCAGCCAGCACAGCUGUUCCCGCUUCCACCUGUGCCUGUGCCUGGCAGUCACCAUGUGGGUUCACCUGAACCAUGGAGACUCAGGCCUGCUGCAGCUGCUCUCACGCCUGGCCUCCAUCAGCCAGCACCUCCUGCUGGAGGCCCAGCCCUGGAAGUGUUACCGCUCUGCAGCGCGGCGGCUGAGGAAGCUGGGACGCUCAGACUUUGAUCACUUUAAGACCCUUAAGAUUCGGGGGGACAUAGCAGGUCAUGCCAGGGAGCACCUGGAAAAACACUGCGGCAUGGAGCUCAUCCAGAGCUUUGGCAGCACUGCUUGGGACCGUCAGCUGCUGCUUUUCAGACAGAGAUGAGACUUCAGGGACAAUGUUUUUUUUUUCAUGAUGAAAGCUGGAUAGAUUAGUUGAUCCACUUUAAUCCUCAAAUUUGUCAUCUUGGAGGAUGGAGUUAAGUCUUAGUUUCUGGAGAUAUGGUAACAACAUUGGCUCCAGAAUGUCAUUCGAAUAUGUUUAUUCAUGCCCAUCCUACAUCUGUGACUGGAAGACAUCUCGCAGCAUUUGGAGUUUAAAACAAGUGGAUACCAACAGAAUAUCGAAGGGGAAUUUGGCACAUUUUUGGAGGGGGACUACCCACAUGUUCAACUGUUGUGUUGCUCAUUCUUCUAAUUCACAAUCCUAAAAAAAUACAACUUAGUUACAAAUGGGACUAAUCAGGCUUUCCAAUUAUGUUUAAUACAACUGGUUUUAAUAAAAUAGGCAAAAUAAACAACCAAACUGGAA